AUGGCGGACGGUGUAAACACAGAAGCUAGCGAUAAUUUUUUGGAGUUGUAUAUGUUUACCGAAAAUGACUAGUGUAGAUUUUGAUCGGCUGGACAGUCUGGAAGGCUGGGUCGCUAUCAAAACUAAUUUGUUUGAUGAAAACGAGAUAUUUAAAUUAGGAUUCAUCGUCCAGUGGAACGUGAUCGAAUCUAAAUUCGCUGUCACUUGUCACAACAGAACACUUCAGAGACAGAAACGCAAAGAAGAACUAGCAGAUGCACAAACAAGUUGGGCUGGAUUGUUUUCUGUCAAUGAUCUCAAAAAUAUCCAUCGCCAGUUUACAUGUGUUGGUGACGUAUUGGCUCCGUAUUUCCCUGACCUGACAGACUUUGAAGAGGGCAACAUAUGGGACCUAAUAUUUUUCAACCGGACAGCGAACCCAGAAGAACAAGAGAAAGAUUUGGAUACCCCCUGUCGACAGCUCGAGAAAUACUUUAGCACAGCCAUUGACGUGUGUGGCCGUAAGAUUGUGUUAGAUUCCUUAUUUAACAACGAUGAACGAGAUGUCGAGGAAUACUUUGAAAACCUCCAAGAGUUCAAAAGGAAGACCAUGGAGGAUGAAGUGGCCAGGGCGAAAGAUCUUCUGCGCAAGAUGCUUCAGCAGCAUAAAGGUGCUGACAGUUUGGUCCGACUGUUAAAGAUUUAUGAAGAGGAAGAUGAGGCUUACAAAGAAUUAGUCACCGUGGCAACGCUCUUCUAUCAGUACCUGCUGCAGCCUUUUCGAGACAUGAGAGAGCUGGCCAUGCUCUACAAGAUGGAGAUCCUGAAAUCACUGGAAUAUGAAGAGUUGGGACCAAAGAGGAUCUCAGCUCUGCAGAAAGAGGCGGAGGACUGGAGGAAGAGAGCAGAGGACGCCGUCAGCUCCAUACAGGACAUCACCGUCAACUACUUUGCAGAGACCUCCAGAGCCCUGGCAGGCCUGCUGAGGGGGAUGGAGGAGGACAAGAGGAGGUUCGGGCAGGCCUCCUGGGCCUCUGCCUCUCCCCGUCUGGAGCGACUCCGGUUCCUCCUGGCCAAGGAGACCCUGCAGCACAUGAGGGCCCGCGAGAUGUGCCUCACCCGCCGCAAAGCUGACAUCCGCCAGAAGAUGGGUGGUCUUGCGGAGCUGCGUGCGGACCUGCUGACGGUGGAUCAGCUGGAGCUGCAGUACUACGAGGCUCAGUUGGAGCUCUACGACAUCAAGUUCGAGAUCCUGAAGAACGAGGAGCUGCUGCUGGUGGCUCAGAUCGACACCGUGCGACGCCAGAUGAAAGAGCUGAAAGAAGAGGUGGUGUACUACGACACGUGUGAAGACCCCGAGGAGCUGCACAGCAUCAUGCAGACGUCCAGCCACCCGGAGCGCAGCCAGCCGGCCUCCAGGGGCCUGCGGCGCAGACUGCAGCAGCUGGAGACCAAGAGGGGGGCCAUCGGGGCCCGCCGGGCAUACCUGCGCAGCAAGAAGGAUCAGUGUGUGGAUGCCCACGAGCAGAAGAACCGCCUGGCCGAGGACAGAACAGCCCAGUUCGUACAGCACCAUAACGUCCAAAUGAAGAGGGAACGUCGGAAGGAGGAGGAGGAGAGGAGGAAGGAGUGGGUGGACCUGGAACGGGAAAAGACCCUCAGCAGACUGCGCUCCUUCAGGGAGAAACGACACGGCCAGUUUGUCUUGAAGACCCCUCGGUCGCGAGCCGUCCCAAAGGCCUCCGCUCUCAGCGAUGACGCCUCGCAGCCAAUGUCCUUCAUCAGCCUUGCCCAGCCCGGCACGGGUGCCAUGGCUACCACACUCGCUCCAUCCCCAUCCCCAUCCCCAUCCCCGUCUCCGUCCCCAUCCUUCGCCUCCCCCAAGAAGAAGCAACCAAAGCCUAAAGACAUUCCAGUGCAGAUCUUUGUCUCUCCAGGACCUGGACCCUCACCUCCUCCACCACCCCUUGCAUCUCCGUCUACAGCAGCACCUCCAUCUCCUGCUCCUGCUCCUGCUCCUUCUCCUCCUUCUCCUCCACAGGCCUCCAACCCUCCGCCACCUCCUCCUCCUCCACCCCCUCCCCUGCCACCUCCUCCUCCCCCACCUCCUCUCCCCAGCAGUGUUCCCCUAAGCCGGCCACAGGGGGGCCUUCUCCUCGACUCCCCCAAGCCCCUGGACGAGAAGGAGGCGCCUCCGUUUCCUGCCAAAAACACCCUCAAGCAAAACAUAGGUUCCAUGGACGAGGUGCUGGCGUCUCUACAGCGGGGCCAGAUCCAGCUAAGGAAGGUUCCCCCUCCCAACACGAGGCCCCCUACUGGUGGUGGCGGCCCCGGAGGCCCAUCGCCAGGCGGGGGAGGGAGCGGGGGAGGGCAGAGCGCGCGGGACAGCAUCCUGUCGGCCAUCCGUCAGGGCGUGAAGCUGAAGAAGGUGGAGAUGCCCGACCCGGCGGCCGCCGCCGGCAGCAGAGACUCGGAGCUGGAGAGGAGCAUCAAGGCGGCCAUGCAGAGGAUGAAGAGGGUCUCGGCGGACUCCUCGGACGACGAAGACGACCAGUCGGACGACCACGGGGACACCCAGCCUGAGGAGUGGGGGAACUGAGAUGAACUUUUAGACUCUGGAACUACAUACUCUGCACAAUGCAACAGGAACCAGGAACCAGGAACCAUGGGGUUCUGUGAGUGAUAGAACCAUGGGUCUGGAACUGCUCUCAGUUCUAGAACGGUGAGUCUGGACUUCUCUCCACACCAGAACCAUGACAGUGGAUUCUUUCAGUGCUAGAAACAAUGAAAAAAAAACCCUGACAAACCAAUAAUUGUGCAAAGCCAAUGUUUGCAUUCACAUACUAGCUUUUUUCUGAACAGUAACUUGAUCAAUAUGACUUUUGAGUGGACCUUGAGAGAGAGAAUAAGCUUCCUCUGUUUAAGAGCACUACAUAGCACUGGGUCUUCCUAUUGACGCAGGUCGCCUACCAAGACUUGGGACAGAUAUGGUGUCCAGCGAGGAGAAAGAAGGGCUUUGUUCAGGUUGAAAACGGUUGAAGUUUGAGUGAUUCUAGAUAGAUAACGAUGGUCUGCUCUGCUGUGCUCUAGUCAGCUUUUAGGCUUUAAAAGGUAAUUGAGCAUUCAUUUUUUUAACAAUUUUGUACGGCACUAUCAGUAAGUCAGCUCUAGUAUGACCUUGAUACUAUACGUGUACGUGUCCGGUAAUACUUUACUUCUGGACAAUAAAGCCUAGGAUCUACGAUCUCAGAUCAGAGACGCUGUAUUUUAAGUGGAACAUGGAUGAAGGUAAAUUGUAAUGUGGAGCAGUGGAAUGACCUUUCCAAUGGUCAUUAAAAGAACAGUUGUGAAAACACAGUGCAGUGGGUUUGGAGAUAUGACUAAAAAAUGAUGCCCUUUAAAAAUAAAUCCAUGCUCUGUUUUUUUUUUUUUUUCAGAAGGUGCCGCAUUUGUGACUAUAAAUAAAAAAAAAUCACUCACUUGACAAUAAGAACAUAAGCAGGAUGUGUCAGCCUUAGCUCUUUGAAGGACACAGAUGAUAAUAGGCUCGUUCGUGAUGACGCAGUAAGAUUUUUGCUAGGCAGUGGGAAUGCGCACUUUGCCAUGUUUGAUGCAUUCUGGUUAGAAUUUCCGUGUGCAUGCCCACUGCCUAGCAACAAUCUUACUGCGUCGUCACGAACGAGCCUAAUGGCUGCACUUAAAGUACAAAAUGCACAUCACAAUGACCUUUUAGCCUUCUGAAAACGUUUGUGAGAAUUCCUCCAAAGGAAUAGUUUGUGUUGCAUGUUGCGAAUCAUGUCGUCACCAUACAUUUAUCUGUUUAUGUACUGUAUGUGUGGGUGUGUAAUGUAUGUGUGUUUGUGUGAAUAUUUUUUAUGUGGCAAUAUUCUCUAGUGCAGAAAAGCAAUGUUUAGGGCUCGCUGACAUGAAAUAGGGGGAUUUACACUCUUUUACUUUUAAAAAGUUGAUUUUGCUCCAAGAAAGAAAAACAGUGCAGUGGACUCUGCUGUAGCCACAGCAAACCAAUAAACCUUGACCUUUGUCUCUCAAAGUAUUGCUCAAGCAUAAAUAUUUUAGUACUUAAUCUUGAUUUUACAACCCUGUGUUGCACUUGAUUUAACCGAAAUAUGUUACCAGAUAUUGAAGGUGUGAUGUCAUGCACUGAUAUUUGACUUUGCCUUUUUUUUUCUCUCCUUUUCCUUCCACUUGUUUUCAUAAUCGAUUUAUAUGGAUUUACAGUUUGUUAUAAAAGUACAAAUAUAUGAUUAGUAAAUAUGCAAAAGUGCCUUGAGGAUUGUCGUGUUCAUUACCAUGAUGGUAUUUAAAGAUUUUUGUUUUGUUUUGUUUUAUUCAUCCAUCAUCACAUACUGGAGUAUUGAGAUACUACCUAAUGGAAAUAAAACGACAAGAAAUUGUACAGAAGAUCCAAAGUCCAUUUAAGAGAAAAAGGCAUGUGUGGAAAUGUGUUUUCCUAAUAAACAAUGAAUGUGUAGCUUCAA